ACAUCACACGAAACGAAGUCUCGACCCCCUCACUCCCGCACUCCUAGUGCAGUAACUCUCGUACAAAAGCAGUCUUCUCCGCAUCUCGUGCCCGUCUCCACACGCAAAUAGAUGCUUGGAGACACGGUCCGAGGUCCCUGUAGUGGGGUAGACAGCUGAACCCAGCAUUGCCCUCGAGCCUUGGUAGGCGGAGUACUUUCCUUAUCUCCUUGGACAGCUCGCCGAUCACUUGGUUCGGGGAAUCUUUCGUUUGAGAGAGUUCUGGAUUGGAGUCAAGAAGGUAUCGUGAGUUUGUCAGCUGAGUACUUUCGAGUCAGUUACCUACUAGGUAGUACUAUAAGACUGCUGUGCUCCUUGGGAACAGGCUCUCCGAUCCCCCCUUCUCUAUUUACUUUCCCGGCCCCCAUCCCUCCUUUCCUUCCACCUUCAUAGAGCAAUCUCGAUAAUAUUCGUUAUACCCUCGCAUCUAAUCGUAUUUCUCUGUAUCACUACUUCUUUCUUUUCCUCAAAGCCAUUAUUUUUGCAUCCAUACCCACCUUCAACCUCCAGCACACCAUGACAGUCUCCGAAUCAGUCUGGUGGAAAGAUGGCGUCGUCUACCAAAUUUACCCCGCCAGCUUCAAAGACUCCAACAAUGACGGCCUGGGAGACAUUCCCGGCAUUGUCUCGAAAAUCGACUACCUCAAAGACCUCGGCGUCGACAUCGUCUGGCUCUCUCCCCACUACGAUUCUCCCCAGCAUGACAUGGGCUACGAUAUUCGAGACUACGAAGCCGUAUACGAACCUUACGGCACCGUCGCAGAUGUCGAGGCUCUGAUUGAAGCCUGCCACUCUCGCGGCAUGCGACUGAUCUUUGAUUUGGUCAUCAACCAUACCUCAGACGAGCACAAAUGGUUCGAGGAAUCAAAGAGUUCGAAGGACAACCCAAAAAGAGAUUGGUACAUCUGGAGACCUGCAAAAUACGCAGCAGACGGAACACGCAUGCCACCGAACAACUGGCGGUCGAUCUUCAGCGGAAGUGCAUGGGAAUGGGACGAACAAACACAAGAAUAUUACCUCCACCUCUUCGCCAAACAGCAGCCCGACCUCAAUUGGGAGAAUCCCGCCACGAGACGGGCACUUUACGAUUCUGCCAUGGAAUUCUGGCUCAAGAAGGGCGUCGACGGCUUCCGAAUCGAUACUGUGAACAUGUAUUCGAAAGGCACUGAAUAUCCCGACGCACCCAUAAUCGACAGCGGCAUCUACGAACAACCAGCCAGCAGUCUCUUCUGCAACGGCCCCCGCAUGCACGAGUUCCUUCGAGAAAUGAACACCACAGUCCUCUCCAGAUACGACACCAUGACCGUCGGCGAGCUUCCACACACCCCAGAUCCAGACCACGUUCUGCGGUACAUUGGCUCUGGAGACAAGCAGCUCGACAUGGUCUUCCAAUUCGAUAUCGUGAACCUAGGUGCCGGCGAUACACAUAAAUACGAAAUGGUGCCCUGGAAGCUCCCAGAACUCAAACGCAUCGUUGAGAAAUGGCAGACAUUCAUCGACAACACCGACGGCUGGACCACCGCCUUCUGCGAGAACCACGACAAUGGCCGCUCCGUUUCGCGCUACACAUCCGACGCCCCAGCCUGGCGUGAACGUUCCGCCAAGCUCCUCGCCAUCAUGAUGUCCGCCAUGACAGGCACACUGUUCGUGUAUCAAGGCCAGGAAAUAGGCAUGAUCAACGCGCCGAAGGAUUGGCCGAUUGAGGAGUAUAAGGAUAUCGAGAGUAUCAAUUAUUACAACUCUGUCGCUGAGCGCACUAAGGACCCCAAAACGCUCGCCCAUAUCAUGAAAUCCAUACAAGUCCUUGGUCGCGACCAUUCUCGCCUGCCUAUGCAGUGGGAUUCUUCCCCAUAUGCGGGCUUCACAUCCCGCAAAGAAGGUGCUUGGAUGCGAACACAUGACGACUAUCCUACUAUCAACGUCGCUACCCAACAGGCUAACCCAUCAUCUGUCCUCAAUUUCUGGAAACAGAUGCUGAGAACGAGGAAAGAGUAUAAUGAUCUCUUCAUCCACGGGACAUUCGAAGUCUUUGACGUCGAGAAUGAACAUACCUUCGUCUUUGCAAAGAAAUUCAAGGGUGAUACCGCGGUAGUUGUCCUUAACUUUGGGGAGGAAAAGAGAGAGUUUAAGAGGCCUGAUGUUGGAGGUGGGAAGUGGGAGUUCCUUGUGGGGAAUGUGGAUGGGGUGGAUGGGACGGUUGAUAGGCUUGAGGGGUAUGAGGGGAGGAUCUAUUUGGUUAACUGAUGUGAUUGAUAUUUUCGGACUGGAUGACUUGGAAAAGUUAUGGCGUAUCUUGAAGGGAAUUUAUUGUUUGGGAAGGCGUUUGAUGCGUUACAAUACAGGGUGGUUUCAUAGAAUAUCAUAAUCAUAUAUAGCUAUAUUGAUUCUCUUCUCUUCUUC